AGCGUUCCAUUCGGCCAGCGGUGGGCGGUUGCCACAGCUGGUUUAGGGCCCCGACCGUUGGGGCCCCUUGUCAGGAGGAGGCAGCCUCCGGGCUGGGGAGGAGAAGUCUCUGCCACCUCUGGCAUUUGACGCGGUCCCCUGGGACGGUGCACUUCCUGCCCUCAGUUCCCUGCAGAGUUCGGUCUCCCGGGUUCAGGGCCCGGCUCCCCUUCCUGGUCUCUCUUCUCCCGCUGGGCGGGUUUAUCUGGAGGAGAUUGUUUUCCAGGGCUAGAAAUUGGACUUUUGAUGAUGUUUGACCCUGCGGCAGCAAUAGCAGGCAUCGUGAUUUCAAAGCUGGGCUCAGCUUCUGUUUCUUCCCUCUUGUAAUCACAAAGCCCAUUUUGGACCAGGAAUUCCAAUCAUGUCUGUGAUGGUGGUGAGAAAGAAGGUGACACGGAAAUGGGAGAAACUCCCAGGCAGGAACACCUUCUGCUGUGAUGGGCGAGUCAUGAUGGCCCGGCAAAAGGGCAUCUUCUAUUUGACCCUCUUCCUCAUCCUGGGGACAUGUACACUCUUCUUCGCCUUCGAUGUGCCUCCAAGAGAAGAUCUCUGUAUUGAAGGAAAAAAUGUGCCUCAGGAGGAAGAGAAUAAAAAUAGAUGUCGCUAUCUGGCUGUCCAGCUGUCUCCUGCCAUCCCUGUGUUUGCUGCCAUGCUCUUCCUUUUCUCCAUGGCUACACUGUUGAGGACCAGCUUCAGUGACCCUGGAGUGAUCCCUCGGGCCCUACCAGAUGAAGCAGCUUUCAUAGAAAUGGAGAUAGAAGCUACCAAUGGUGCAGUGCCCCAGGGCCAGCGACCACCUCCUCGUAUCAAGAAUUUCCAGAUCAACAACCAGAUUGUGAAGCUGAAAUACUGUUAUACAUGCAAGAUCUUCCGGCCUCCCCGGGCCUCCCAUUGCAGCAUCUGUGACAACUGUGUGGAGCGCUUCGACCAUCACUGCCCCUGGGUGGGGAACUGUGUUGGAAAGAGGAACUACCGCUACUUCUACCUCUUUAUCCUAUCUCUCUCCCUCCUCACGAUCUAUGUCUUCGCCUUCAACAUCGUCUAUGUGGCUCUCAAAUCCUUGAAAAUUGGCUUCCUGGAGACGUUGAAAGAAACUCCUGGAACUGUUCUAGAAGUGCUCAUUUGCUUCUUCACACUCUGGUCCGUCGUGGGACUGACUGGAUUUCACACUUUCCUCGUGGCUCUCAACCAGACAACCAAUGAAGACAUCAAAGGCUCAUGGACAGGGAAGAAUCGUGUCCAGAAUCCCUAUAGCCAUGGCAACAUUGUGAAGAACUGCUGUGAAGUGCUGUGUGGCCCGUUGCCCCCCAGUGUGCUGGACCGAAGGGGUAUUUUGCCACUAGAGGAAAGUGGAAGUCGACCUCCCAGUACUCAAGACACCAGUAGCAGCCUUUUGCCACAGAGCCCAGCCCCAACAGAACAUCUGAGCCCAAAUGAGAUGCCGGAGGACACCAGUACUCCUGAAGAGAUGCCACCCCCAGAGCCCCCAGAGCCCCCACAGGAGGUGACUGAAGCUGAGAAGUAGCCUAUCUACGGAAGAGACUUUUGUUUGUGUUUAAUUAGGGCUGUGAGAGAUUUAAGGGGAGAAGAUAAACCUGAGACAGAGAGCAAGUGAGCUCUCCCUUUUACUGUUUUCCUUUGGUCUUUAUUCACCCAAUUGCGCACUGGCAUUUUCUUGCUGCAAGCUUUUUUUUUUUAAUUUCUGGACUCAAGGCAGUCACAGAAGAUGUCAGUCACCUCUGGUAACUGGACAAAUGGGUCUCUUGGGCCCCAGCACUGGCUUUCCAUGGCCUCAGCCACAGAGUCUCCUUGGACUCCCUUCUCUUUCCUCCAGAUCCCAGCUCCCCUGCUUGGGGUCAUUGGUCCAAUUCUGGGGUUAAAGAUUUUCGAGACUGGCUCAAAUCCUCUCAAGCUGCUGCAUGUCAUGAGUCCAGAGGCAGUCACAGAGAACCCUGGCCAGGGAAUCCUAACUGGAUUCUUGGGGCCUUCAGAAUUGAAGAGGCUAGAAGAUGCUUGGAGGAUUCUCUUGGCUACAAAGUGCCAACAUUGCCAGCAAAUCCUUUCAGGAGUGGGGCAGGUAACUUCCACUUGUAUUUAUUCUUGGAGCUUCUCCUUUGUCCCCUGCCCACUCUCUAACUAAGCCCCACUCUUUUCCAGUUAGAUAUAUGUAAGUAGUUACUGUAGCGAUAACAAUUCACAUUUCUUGUAGACUGUCUGGAAACUUUUUAAUACCUGUGCCAUUCUUAGUAAGAAUUUAUGAGAUGCCAAUGGCAUGUCCCCUCGCAUUCUUUGUCUCAUCUCUCCUCCUUUCUCGUUAGCCCCUUUUGUUUUCCUUUUGACUCCUGCUCCCACUAGGAGUGGGAAUGGCAGUAAUAAAAGUCUGCACUUCGGUGGUUCCUUUUCCUCAGAGGAAGCCUGAGUGCUCACUUAAACACUACCCCCUCAGACUCCCUGUGUGAGGCCUGUAGAGGCCCUGAAUGCACAAAUGGGGAAACCAAGGCACAGAGAGGCUCUCCUCUCCUCUCCUCUACCCCUAUGUCCCCUCAAAAAAGAAAAAAAAAGAAAAAAAAGAAUAAUCAGUACUUCCAUUAGGCCUCGGCUGAGUGAGGAGGGAAAGCCCAGCACUGCUGCCCUCCCGGGUAAACCUACUCCAAGGCCUUGGCCCACCUCGGGCUUGGUAACCACACGGGGGCUUCCUCCAAGCCCCGCUCUUCCAGCACUUCCACCGGCAGAGUCCCAGAGCCGCUUCACCCUGGGGGUGGGCUGUGGCCCCCAGUCAGCUCUGCUCAGGACCUGCUCUAUUUCAGGGAAGAAGAUUUAUGUAUUAUAUGUGGCUAUAUUUCCUAAAGCACCUGUGUUUUUCUCUUUCUAAGCCAGGGUCCUGUCUGGAUGACUUACGGGGAGGGGGGGAAGUGUAAACCAGAACUUUUAAUCUAUUUGAAGGUGAUUAAACUGUGUCUAAUGCAAA